AUGUCUCAACAAUCACAAAAAUAUAUUUUUAUUGAUACAAUUCAGGAUCCUGAAUCUUUGAUCCAGGAAAUCAAAGAGUUAGCUUCGAAGUUGAAAUACUCAUUCGCAUUGCCAAUUGAAGAGCUCAUGAUCCCAAACAGUUCUACUCCUCAAAAUUCCUUCUUUAUGUUUAAGAGGGACCAGAUGGCAAGGUUAGCAGGGACGGAAAAUCUUAAAACCAAUUAUUAUGAGUAUAAGCAGCUCUUUGAGCUGUUAUAUAAGCUUCAAGUCAUGUAUCGUGACAAUACUCCAUCAACCUCUAUAAACUCACCAACUACCAACGAUUUAUCUAACGAAUUUGAAAGGACUAUAGACAAUUUUAUUCAGAAUGAUCCCGAAAUUAAUAGUAUACUGUAA